AAUCCAGACAGGCAUACAGAGGGCCACUAUAUUAUUAAACUGCCUGUGGGAUAUUUUGUUCCCUUGCAGUAGCACGAGUUGUGCCCCACAGUCCUGUACUCUAGGUUCCCCUGGCCUCAGACAUGGCUCAUCUGGUCCUGCUUGUCUUUCUUGUCCUAAGUUUUUCCUUGCUCUGCUGCAGCCGCCCAUCUCGCACAAGAAAGGCUGUUUUGCCCCGGCAGUCAGGAGCUGCAGAGGACGAGGAUGUGAAAUCCCAGAUUGAGAAGUUGUGGCAGGAGGUGAACUUACUGAAAGAAAUGCAGGCCUUGCAGACAGUGUGUCUGCGCGGCAUCAAAGCACACAGGAAGUGUUAUCUUCUCAAUGAGGAGCUCAAACAUUACCAUGAAGCAAACGAAGACUGUAUCGCUCAGGGAGGAACUCUUGCAACACCACGAGACUUGAUGGAGAACAACGAGGUCAGGGACUAUGCAAAGAGAAGUGCCCCAGGAACCAGCGACCUCUGGAUCGGUGUGGCAGACAUAGUGAAAGAAGGCCAGUAUGCUGAUGUCAACGGCCUACCAGUCAGCUUCUUCAACUGGGAUCGCUCCAAGAGGCAGCCGACAGGGACAAAAAGGGAGAGCUGUGUUGCUCUUUCUGUGGCUGCUCAGGGAAAGUGGUAUGAUGAGGUCUGCCGCAGCCUGAAGAAGUACAUCUGUGAAUACAUCAUUCCCUGAAGGAGACAAGGGGCUUGUUGGUAAUUUAAUUAUCAUUAUCAACAAUUGAUGAUAAAUAUUGAAAUACUGCUGCUAAGCUUUAACAAAUGCUGUUACGUAUCACUAGAUAAGUAAGUGAAAUGUGAUUUUCUGGUGAAAAUAUCUGGCAACUUUGUGUUUAGUAUCAAAAGAGUAAGAUAAUAACAGAAUAUCAUGAGGAAUGAUAAAUUCUGCUGAACGUAAACUAAAUAAACAAUCAUGUGAACUUG